AGUCAUAGCUAAAAUUUUGCAUAAUGGCGGGAGAGAAUGAAAGAUGGAAAAGCGCCUGAAGGCAAGAGUGAUGUGCUGUAUAUAGAUUACUUUGACAGGUAUAAAAAUAUUUGCUGCUCAGCUGACCUCAGACCAGUCACCAUGGAGAUGUGGAACUGCUCAGACCAGCCUCAGUUUCAUUUGAAGAGGAUUGGUCCCACCCCCAACAGACCCAGGGUGGUUAACAUCAUGGAUUUUUAUAAGGUUACCAGUAUGAUUGGACGAAAUGGCCUCCAAGUGGAUUUUUACAUAGACUCGGAUGACAAAAUACAGUCUCAGAUGAUCUCACGAUGUCACGCUCGAGUUGUUCGGCAGCCAAACAAUGACCACAAAAUGUUUGAUGAUAGCUUGAAUGGAAUCUUUGUGAACCAUAUUAAAAUUCGAGGCAAUAUCACGUUAUGUGAGGGGGACAGAGUAACAUUUGGUCACCCUGUGGGGAGGGACAUUCCAUAUGGGACGAUGGAGAGACAGGUCAACAACCAUCACCAGUUUAUCUUUGAGAAGUGCUGUUGUGGACCAAAGUAUACCAGUAAAAAGAAAAGUCCAAGGAAAGGUCAGUUUGCUGUUCCAAAGAAACCCAAUUUCAGGAAGCUGGCAAACAAGAGAGAGAGAAAUCAAACCAGGACCUUUACUAAAGCUGAUGUUCAAACUCUGAAGAAAGAAAGUGAAGCCAUGGCUGCAGCAGGACCUGAAGAAGACAAUUCUCUGACAUCAACAAAGACAGAAGACACAGAAACUUACAAAGCUACAACCUCCAGGAGAAUGGAGGUGUCCGGCGUGGAGCAGCCAGUGGAAGAGAAAGCAUGUCAUCAGAGUGUAAUAAUGGAGGUGUCUGGCGUGGAGCGGCCAGUGGAAGAGAAAGCAUGUCAUCAGAGUGUAAGAAUGGAGGUGUCCAGUGUGGAGUGGCCAGUGGAAGAGAAAGCAUGUCAUCAGAGUGUAAGAAUGGAGGUGUCUGGCGUGGAGCGGCCAGUGGAAGAGAAAGCAUGUCAUCAGAGUGUAAGAAUGGAGGUGUCCGGCGUGGAGUGGCCAGUGGAAGAGAAAACAUGUCAUCAGAGUGUAAUAAUGGAGGUGUCUGGCGUGGAGCGGCCAGUGGAAGAGAAAGCAUGUCAUCAGAGUGUAAGAAUGGAGGUCUCCAGUGUGGAGUGGCCAGUGGAAGAGAAAGCAUGUCAUCAGAGUGUAAGAAUGGAGGUCUCCAGUGUGGAGUGGCCAGUGGAAGAGAAAGCAUGUCAUCAGAGUGUAAGAAUGGAGGUGUCCGGCGUGGAGCGGCCAGUGGAAGAGAAAGCAUGUGAUCAGAGUGUAAGAAUGGAGAUGUCCAGCGUGAAGCAGCCAGUGGAAGAGAAAGCAUGUCAUCAGAGUGUAAGAAGGGAGGUGGAGCGGCCAGUGGAAGAGAAAGCAUGUCAUCAGAGUGUAAGAAGGGAGGUGUCCGGCAUAGAGCAGCCAGUGGAAGAGAAAGCAUGUCAUCAGAGUGUAAGAAGGGAGGUGUCUGGCAUAGAGCAGCCAGUGGAAGAGAAAGCAUGUCAUCAGAGCUCGAGUGUAAGAAGUGAGGAUAAAACUCACCAUGAAGCAUCUGCUACAGGAGAAGAAGCAGUAAUAUCUACCGCAGGGCCUCAAACAAACGACGGAGAGCUCACUUUGUCGAGUAACAGUGUAGAAACCACAUUAUGUAACGCAGACCAGCAGCCCAAUUACAAACAACUUGUUCCAUCUAAUUGUGAAGGUGAAACCUCACCGUCUAAUGGAGAACCACAUCCUGUUGACAGACAAUCAGUUCCAUUGAGUCCUAAUGUGGAAACAUCACCUGACAGAGAUUUGGAAUUGCCUAAUGUUUCUUGUCUGGAGAGUUUUCAGUCUGUAGCAAGAGCAGAAUCAUUGAUUACUGAGAUUUUUCUGAAACCUAAGAACAAAAUUUCAGCUGAAUCUUUUGCUGCACAUCGUACAAGCAGUGUAAAUACAAAUCAACACGUCGCAUCAACACAUGCUGAAUUGAGCAAUGUACCGGAGAACUUUUGUAAUCUUCAGACUGAGGACCAGGAGAACUUGAAUGUGGCACAAAUCUGUUCCCAAACUGAGUCUGCAACCGACAGUCAAACAGACAAAUUGGAAGGUGUGAGUGGAAUGAUUUCUAUAGAAACUUUGUCCAAGUGUUGUUCAGAUUCUCCUGAGAAUGAAGUGAGAGAGAGAAUUAGAAGUUGUGAUGUUUCAGGAGACAGUAGGGGAUCAGUGAUGAACCAUACACAGCCACUAUGUCAAUCGGCUAGUGAAGGCAGUCUGGAAAACAAUUCAGACAUUCAAGUGGUGGUUUCUGAAUACAGUGGUGAAGAGAACAAUACAAAAAUCACAACUUCAUCAUGGGGUGAGGGUGCGACUCCCUCUUCUGAAAAUAGUUCAGAAAGGUCCAGAUUCAUUUUGUCAGAUUCCAUAAAUUAUUCAUAUGAUAUACAGGAGACUAACAAUGAGGCUUUAUUUCAUGAUGGUGAUUAUGAUGAUGAAAGUACUGAAAUGGAAGAUCAGGAGGUUGUUGUUGAAGAUGGAAAUUAUAAGGAAAGUGAGGAUGCUGUGGAAUUGGAGAGAAGUAUGUGUGACAGGUUGGUGGAAGAUGUCGUCCAAACAUCAGAGAAAUCUGUGACAGACAGGUUGGAGGAAGAUGUCAUCCAAACAUCAGAGAAAUCUGUGACAGACAGGUUGGAGGAAGAUGUCGUCCAAACAUCAGAGAAAUCUGUGACAGACAGGUUGGAGGAAGAUGUCAUCCAAAUAUCAGAGAAAUCUGUGACAGACAGGUUGGAGGAAGAUGUCAUCCAAACAUCAGAGAAAUCUGUGACAGACAGGUUGGAGGAAGAUGUCAUCCAAACAUCAGAGACAUCUGUGACAGACAGGUUGGAGGAAGAUGUCAUCCAAACAUCAGAGAAAUCUGUGACAGACAGGUUGGAGGAAGAUGUCAUCCAAAUAUCAGAGAAAUCUGUGACAGACAGGUUGGAGGAAGAUGUCGUCCAAACAUCAGAGAAAUCUGUGACAGACAGGUUGGAGGAGGAUGUCAUCCAAACAUCAGAGAAAUCUGUGACAGACAGGUUGGAGGAUGUCAUCCAAACAUCAGAGAAAUCUGUGACAGACAGGUUGGAGGAGGAUGUCAUCCAAACAUCAGAGAAAUCUGUGACAGACAGGUUGGAGGAUGUCAUCCAAACAUCAGAGAAAUCUGUGACAGACAGGUUGGAGGAUGUCAUCCAAACAUCAGAGAAAUCUGUGGCAGACAGUUUAGUGGAAGACAUCCAAACAUCUGAUAGAGAUCUAACAGACAAGUUGAUGGAAGAUGCCCAACCAUUGGAGAAUUCUAAGACAAACAGGUUGGUGGAAGAUGUCGUCCAAACAACGGAGAAAUCUAAGACACACAGAUUGGUGGAAGAUGUCCAAACAACUGAGAAAUCUAUGACGGCCAGGUUCGAGGAAGAUAUUGAUCAAACAUCAGGGAAAUCUGUGACUGAAAGGUUGAUGGAAGAUAUUCAAACAUCAGAGAAAUCUGUCACAGACAAGUUGAUGGAAGAUGUCCAACUAUCGGAGAAAUCCGUGACAGACAGGUUAGUGGAAGACGUCCAAACAUCAGAGAAAUCUGUGACGGACAGGUUGGAGGAAAAUGUCAUCCAAACAUCUGAGAAUUCAGUGACAGACAGUUUAGUGGAAGAUGUCCAAGCAUCAGGGAAAUCUGUGACAGACAGGAUGAUGGAAGAUAUCCAAACGUCAGAGAGACAUGUGACUGAAAGGUUGGUGGAAGAUAUCCAAACAUCAGAGAAAUCUGUUACAGUCAAGUUGACGGAAGAUAUCCAACCAUCUGAGAAAUCUGUGACAGACAGAUUGGAAGAUGUCAUCCAAACACAGGAGAAAUCUGUGACAGACAGUUUAGUGGAAGUUGUCCAAACAUCAGAGAAAUCUGUGACAGACAAGUUGACAGAAGAUGUCAUCCAAACACAGGAGAAAUCUGUGACAGACAGUUUAGUGGAAGAUUCCCAAACAUCAGAGAAAUCUGUGACGGAGGUUGUUUUAUGUAAUCCUCCACAGAAGCUGACUUUGUAUCAGGAGGAUAAAACUGAAGAAGAGUAUGAACAGAAGGCACUUUUACCUGGAAAGCAUGACACUCUUGUAGGUGAUAAAACAGAAGCAGCUGAAGAACAGCCUGACAGCAGAAAGUCUGAGAGUGGACUAGUUACAACAGUAUCUCCAAGGAAAGUGACAAGGUCCACCUUUAGAUUGACAGACUCAGUAGACUACACCAUGGAUGAAUGGGAAGAGGAUGAGGAAGAUUUAAAUGUGCAGGGAAGUGAACAAACUGAUGAGGCAAAGGAAGAGUGUGGAGGUGAAGAAGAAGAGCGAAGUGGGAAAUGUAGAAAUGACCUAGAUCAGGAUUGUGGAGUUUUGGUUGCUGAAGAAGUGGAUGAUGAAAACGUGAAGAAGGAAAAUAAAGCUGAUGAAGAUAUAACAAUUCUCAGUGGAAAUCAAAUAGAGGACAUGAAUGAUGAAGUGAUGAAUGACAAGGAAUGUAGACAGAGUGAAGAAAUAGAAAGUGAGAGAGGUGGAGACAAAAUGACUGUUGAAGAGACUCGAGGAGAGAAAGAGAACAAUACCGAAGAAAGCAGCAUAGCAGAGGAGAUGAUAAAUGAUGAGACCCCACAAACCAAGGACACUGAUGAUUUGUCACGGAAUGCUGGUGCAGGAAAUGUGAGCUGUGAAGAUAGGGAUGUAGAAGAGGCUGUGGAGGAGAAGGCUGAAUUCAGGCUACAGUCCUCAUCUCCACAUUCACAACAAGACAGCUGUGAAAAACCUUCUCAGAUUCCAGACUUUGGCACACAGGAAGUUUCUUUUUCCAAAGUGGGAUCGAGUAAUGGUGUGGUUAAUGAAGAUGAGGAUCAAGCGAAGGAGAAAGGUGUUGAAGAUAUUAAUAGGAAACCAAUGAAGAAACUGGAAUUUCAAGCAGAAGACCAGAAGUUUCGUAACCAAAACCAGAGUGAGCCAGUAGAGGGAAAUUUGAAUGUGGAUAUUAAUGAAACACUGCCUGCUGAGAAUCAGUCCAUUUUUCUAUGUCAGGGAUCUGAAUCUGAAGAUAUGGUCAUGAAUGAAAGAUUGGAAGAGAAGGAAAGCAAUGUUUUUGAUGAUACACUUAUACAGAAAGAUGGACUGCAGGAUAUAGCGAAAGAAAAAGUGCUCGUAAUGGAUAUAUUUGAAAAUAAGGAAGAAGUCGUGGAUAUGCAGAAAAAUGAAAUAGAAAUUAUGAAUAUCCAAGUCUUGGAUGUAUCUAAAGAGGGGGGACAACUUUCUGAUAUACAGACAGAUGAAGGACAAAUUCCUCAUAUACAGAAAGAUGAAGGACAAAUUCCUCAUAUACAGAAAGAUGAACAAAUUCCUGAUAAACAGAAAAAUGAAGGACAAAUUUCUGAUAUACAGAAAGAUGAAGAACAAAUUUCUGAUAUACAGAGAAAUGAAGGACAAAUUUCUGAUAUACAGGAAGAUGAACAAAAUCGGGAUAUACCAAUGGACAAAUUUAUGGAUGCACAGAAAAAUGGAGUUCAGAUUAUAAAUAUCCAAGAUAUAGAUUUACAAAAUAAUGAUGAUGAAAGUCAGAUUAUACAGAAAGAUAUACAAGUAGAACAAGUUGAGGAGAGGAAAGCAGAUGUGGUACAUUUAAUGGAUACACAGAAAGAUGAAGUACAUAGUGAAAAAAGUAACAAACCUGUCCAAGGGAUGGGAAAUAUUGUACCACCCACGAAAAAUGACACGGAAAAAGGAGUGAUGGAAUUGAACACGGAGGUAUUGGAGGACGAAGCAUCCAGUAAGGAGAAUGCAGUGACCGAAUCAUGUCCAAUCUCGACACUGUCUUCAAUGUCCAGCUUUUCUCAGAGUGAUCUUGUAUAUACCUUUGACAUCGAUCCAGAUCAGUUGAGCUUUUCCACUGAGGAACCUGGUUCAGCAGGCAACAGUUUGGAGAAGUCAUUGGAUUCACAUGCUUUAGGUAAUCUCAAUAAUGUCAGUGAGGAUAGUUUAGAUGAGGUCAACACGAAACCUGAACGUGAAGAUAACGAUGUGCAGACAUGUGAUACCGGGGUAGACCAGAACGAUCAGGAGUUCAGUGAUAUUCCUCACCAAGUGUGUUUGAAGUCAGAAGAGAAACAAGUUUCUGAAGAAACAACUGAAGUUAUACCUCCUGAAAGGAACUUAAAUGUGAAACACAACUCUGAUGGGAAAGCUACUGUCUCUGACAUGUUUGAAGAUGAGUUAGCUUGUAGUGGUGAGGAUCUCUAUUUUUCUCAGACAGAAGAAGCAGAAGCAUUCAACUUGGCUGAGAGUAAAAAUCAAAUCAAUACUACUCCAGAAACAGUUCACUCAGGUGUGUCAGUUGAAUUGCUGGAAUAUUCUGCUGAGGAACUGCAGCAGAAUUUGGAAAAAACAAGCAGACGGAAAAGAAAGAUGGGAGAAGGCAACUUCCCUUCACAUGGAGAGAGUGUUCCAGGGAAAAAAAGGAGACUCUCAGAUGAAGAGCUAAAACCAGUAAAGACAAUCAUAUCCAACUACUUCAGAAUUCAAGAAUACUGGGAAAAGGAGAAGGAUACUGAAAAGAAAGUCAGACGAAAAAAUUUAGUGGGGAAUCUUGUCAAACAUUUCUUUCUGACACAGCAGUCUCAAGACUCAAAGAAGCAAAUUAAAGCAGAGAAGAGUUACUCCACAUCUAUUAAAGAUGUUGAGUUUGGAGAAAUUGAUGUUGCUGACACUAUUUGUGUAGUUGAUGAUAGAGACUGUAGCACUAAUAAUGAGAGUAGGCAGAGUGGUAAGAGCGAGGCUUCAGAAGAAAUUGUGGAAAUGUUGGGUCUGUCACAGGAAUCUACUGCAACAUUAACCAGUUAUCAAUCUGAAACCUUUCCCAUUUAUCAAGCAUCUAUUGACCCAGGUUGUGGUAUAGCAGUGGAAAUUAACAAACCCAAACCAGCUGCUGAGAAAAGUGAAUCUCAGCCUAGCACAACAGGUUGUGAUGCACAGACUCAGGCAAAUAGUCUGGAAAUUGACCUUGAAACUACCAAUGUGGGGGGUCAGGGUCACUUAUUAGAUGACCUAUCUCUGGAACAAGAAAAUGGAGACUUAAGUCAAGUGUGCAUGAAUGAAAACAAUAAUCAUAAUGAUCCACUGGAGGCAUGCAUGGACAACAAAAUUGACAGAGGAAGAUCAGACUCAACAGAGUCCGAUGCUAGUGAGAAGAGUGAAUUACUUUUGGAGAAAGUGUCUUUUCCAGAUGUAGGAGUAGAUGAUGAGGAAAGUUGUGAUAGCUCACGAGACGAAACCCUCUCGGAAAUGGAAACUGACAAUGGGAAGAAUUUCUUUCUUGGAAAGGAAAAUUUCCAACAGGACAAUGUGGCGCCAGUAGAGGAAGGGUUUGAAGCAGUCAACACUGAAGGUUCUCCGCGUAGUCUACAGUCCACUAGUAGUAUUGAUUAUUCUGCUGGAGUUGUGGAUUCAUCGAAUGACGUACUAAAUCAUGACUGUGAAGACACCGAGAAACAAGCUGACACAGAAGAAACUGUGAUAGACGAUGAAAUAGGAUCUGUAGAGGACGUUACAGAAAAUCAGAAUCGGAAAGUUCAGAGUGAAAACAAGAAUAAGAAUGAGGUAAAUGGAGAGGGGCAGAAGUUUGAAGAUAGUGUUGAAAUGAGUGAAACCAAUUCUGAGAGUGUUACCGGACAGUUGUCCCAGAGCAGCGAGUUUGACUCGGAGGCUAUAGAAAUUCUCAGCACAAAGUCCACGAGUGAAAGUGAGUUAGAACUGCUCUAUGGGCAAUCUCCUGAUCAGCUUAGCAAAUCAAAGAGCAGUUUUUCAAACUUAGAUCAUAAUGACACAACACAAAGUAAAAAGGAUCCUGUGAUGUUAAAAGAUGUCAUUGUAAAGGUCCCAAAGUUGGAAAUCAGCCAAAUGUAUCAGGAGAUGUUAAAACAGCAAGACAGAUCAAAUGUUGAAGUGAUCAGGGAAGACUCUAGCACAGAUACUAGGGUGCACACUUCAUUUGAACAAGACAGAUCAAAUGUUGAAGGAGGGAAAGAAAAUUUCUUCAUUACACCUAUUAAUGAUGUUAUCAAAGAAGAGAGCUCAGAUAGUAACAUGUACAUUAGAAGUCGCCUGCCUAAGUUUGAAAGUGACAGUGAUGUGGAAAUCACAGGGGUGAAAACUUCCUUUCCUGUGAAGUCUUUUGAGGAUAUCCACAUUACCCUUUCUGAAUCCAGCAGUGACGAGUUACCCGAAGUCCAAUUUCUGAGAGAGGAGAAGGCAGACCCUAAUAGAUCUGUGUCUUACAAUGGAUUUCUGACAAUCAAGGAGGAGACCCCCACCCCUAUUAAAACUCCUUUUGUACGUAAAGCUCUUCAGACGUUGGAGAAGACACCAAUCAAACUCCCAGAGGAAUCGGCUCCAAGGAAAGUGCUUAGAAAGCGACUGUCUUUGAAGAGGACACCAGCAAAGAAGCAGAGAGAAAGCAAAACAAGUCCACCACCACAACGGAAAAAUCUACGAAGUCCAAGGAAGAAGGCGACUCUGAAGCAGACGUCAAAGAGAGUGUGCAAUGACAGUGAUAUAGAGAUUAUUUCUGGAUCAGACAGUGAAGAGGACUUUACUCCUUCAAGGUUAAAGCAAGUAAAACAGGAAGCUUUUAGUGGAAAUGAUAGCGAUCAUGAUGAUGUUAGAAGGAUGAAUAUCAGAGGAAACUUACCUGGAUGUGGAGAAAACAGUAUCCCAAAGUCUGACCAAAAGGACGGGUUGAGCAGCCAGAGAGAGGGUGAGAUAAAGAGAGUAUUCCCAUUACUAGAGCAGUCCUCGGGAGAGAGUCAAGAAGCUGGAUCUCUGUCAGACAUCUUCCAAUCUGAGGAAUCCAAAGACAAUGAACUUAUCGAAUCCGAGGCUCCACACAACACAACAGAGGCUCCACACAACACAACAGAAGCUCCACACAACACAACAGAGGCUCCACUCUCUACAACAAAGGCUCCACACAACACAACAGAGGCUCCACUCUCCACAACAAAGGCUCCACACAACACAACAGAGGUUCCACUCUCUACAACAGAGGCUCCACACAACACAACAGAGACUAAAGACAAUGAAAUGAAGGAAGAAGAAUCUGAGAAUGUGUCAGGUAUCCCUGAAAGAUCCAACACAACAGGUACCCCUGAACGGUCGAGCACAACAUGUACCCCUGAAAGGCCGAGCACAACAGGUGUCCCUGAAAGGUCCAGCACAACAGGUACCCCUGAAAGGUCCAGCACAACAGGUACCCCUGAAAGGUCCAGCACAACAGGUAUCCCUGAAAGGUCCAGCACAACAGGUACCCCUGAAAGGUCCAGCACAACAGGUACCCAAGAGGAGUUCACUGGAACAUGUGUUGAGGAAGGUGGAUUUCCAGAAAAGAAAGGAACAGGUCACAGACAUCAGAGAGAAACUGCAGAUGAAAAGAAAGGAAAUGUUCAAACAGCAAAUGGUGAACUUAAUCAAGAACUAGUAUAUCAUGAAGAUGUGCAUCCAGAUGUUCAGAUAAAAAUGAUGGAGGUUAGAGAUGGCUGCUGUGAUUUUGAUCUGGCAAAUGAUGAUUUUGUAGCCAGCACUUCUCCAGAGGAUAAUGAAUGGGAGGAGACAUGGAGAACUGUACCUCCUCUAUCCCCAGACUGCUCCCAGGCACUGUCUCCUCUCAUACCAGAGGCAGGGUCAGAAAAUGUAGGGCCAGAGACCAGCACAGAACUUGGGGAGGGUACCAGCAAAUCCAGCUCAACAGAAAAAAAUGAAAAGACACACAAGAAACCCUCUCUUACAAUGGAAUUUGAUAGUGACAGUGAAUUUUCUGGACCAGAGUUUAAUUUUGAGGUACUGAAUUCACCGGAAGCAAACAUUAGGAAUAAGAAUGAUAUUGAUGAAAAUGUGGGUGAAGAUGGAAAUGUUUUUGAAAUGGAAGAGGAUCAAAGGACAUGCACUGAUUCCAAGGAUAAAACUAAUACAGAGGGAUUUGGAGGAGAUGGAGUGAAUGAAUCAGAGGACCAUGUGAUGGAUGAUGUUUUACCUAGCCUUAGCAGGAAGAGGAAAUCACAAGAGAAAAAUGGUGAAUCAAAAAGACCAAGAAUGAAGGAGGAUAAGAUUGUUGAUAAAGAAACUGAAGAAAUGAAGAUUUGUACACAAGCUACUUCAGACUGUUGUAGCACACAGAGUGAAAUAGAAGAUAAAGAAGAACAUUCACCCAAGAUGUCAAAAGUGAGACAACUGAUGCAGAAAUUAAAAGGGAAGAAAUCAGCGGGGAAGUCAAUGGAGGAGAGCCCGAAUCUGACAAGUUCCACACUGACGGACAGUCAGGAUACGCCUGGGGACGUCCCGAGCACCAGUCGAGUCCAGAGGAGGCUUCUACCAGCUCUCAAUAUGUACCAAAGUGCCAAAGCACACAUACAGAGAUGUAAAGACCUGCUGCAGAAACUGAAGGCGGAAUUCACUCAGUCUGCGAGUUUGAGAGGAAAUCCUAGAAUAUCACAGUGGCAGAAGGAUCUGGAGGAGCUAGAAACCAAGUUUGCCCUGUCUAAGACGGUGAUCGCCGUGGUCGGUGACACAGGGGCGGGAAAGUCCUCACUGAUGAACGCAUUACUGGACCAGCUGGACAUCCUGCCCACGUCCGGACUACGGGCCUGCACCGCUGUGGUGGUGGAAGUGGUCAGUAACAUGGACAACCACAAGUAUGAGGCCGACAUUACCUUCCUGUCUAAAGAGGACUGGCAUGAGGAGUUACGUCUGCUGUUGAGAGAUCUUACUGAUGUGAAUGGAAAGCUCAAGAAGGGCGCUCCAGAUCCAAAAUCGGAGGCUGGUGUGGCUUUCCUUAAAAUUAAGGCUGUGUAUGGAAAGAUUGAUAAGUUUGAGGUACUUAGACACCACACCAAUGUUACCAAGUGGCUGGACAGGGUCAAAACCAUUAGUCACUCAGAGCCUGCACACUUCCGGAAUGCCAUUGAUAAAUACAUAGAAACAGCUGACCCUGGAAUUGGUGGUCAAUUCUGGCCAAUCGUAAAAAAGGUCACGAUUCGUCUGCCUCACUGUGAUGCCUGCAGUAGUGGGGCUGUGCUUGUGGAUUUGCCAGGAGUCAGAGACUCAAACGCUGCCCGAGACAAAAUAGCCCGAGAUCAUCUUAAGAAUUGUACAGCAGUGUGGGUCAUUUCCUCCAUUCAUCGUGCUAUUGAUGACAAAACAGCCAAAGAUCUAUUAGGGGAGAACUUCCGAAGACAGCUGUUGAUGGAUGGCCAAUAUGGAAACAUCGCAUUUAUCUGUACAAAGACUGAUGACAUAAAAAACUCGGAAAUCAUCAGAGGAUUACACCUUGAGGAGAAAGUUCAACCUCUGGAGAAUGAAAUAAAUCGUCUGGAGAUGGAGAAGAGCGAGCUGGAGAUCAGCAAAAGGGACAACGCUGGCUGUAUAGUACAGAUGAAGAGGACGAACCGUGAGCUGAAGAAGAACAUUGAGGAGAUUGAGGAGUGUCUGAGGAUGGAGGACCAGGAGGCAGAAUCAGAGGAGCUUCAAGAAAUUAAGGAUGUACUCCAAGAGAAACAAGAUGCAUUAAAAAAGAAUAGCGAGCAGAUUGAGGCCUACCGUAAGGCAGUCAGAGAGGCUGAAAACACCUGUCUGCAGCACGAGGUGACCAUCGGUAAGAAGAGGAAAGAGCUGUCCAGUCUAUGUGCCAAAGCCAGAAAUGACUACUCCAAAAAAGAAAUUAAAAGGGAUUUCAAGGCUGGGCUAAGGGAAAUGAAGAAGAAGGCUGGAAUGUGUGAUGUGGAAGAGAUGGACGAUGAUUUGUACGACAGUGAUAACGACGACGAUGACAUCGGAAACUCUGCUGAGAAUCUGAGAGUGUUCUGUGUCAGUGCAACGGAGUACCAGAAAAUGAGGAACAUCAUCAUCGACGAUGGACCUCCCACAGUGUUUGGUACAGAGGAGGAUACACAGAUCCCAGCCCUGAGGUCAUACAUCCACCAGAUGACCAGUGUCCGACACCAGAAAAGCCUAGAAAGAAUUCUACAGAGGGUGGCACAGUUUGUAUUCGACAUACAGAAUUAUCUGACAGAGGAUGAAACUGUCCAGACAAAGGGUGACCAAAUCAAGUCUCGAAGUGCCAUAAAGCAAAGAUUGCAAUCACUGCUGCAAAAGUUUGAUUCAAUGAUUGAACGAUUGAUGUCAGAUAUGGAAAGUGCAUUAUCCAAUCAAAUCAGGCCUAAACUAGGAGAGGGCAUCACCACAGCAACAGCAAGAGCCAACGAACAGGCAGCCAAAUGGAGUGCUUCGGUGAAUAAAGAAAACAAGCAGGCUGGAGGCUUGCACUGGUGUACAUACCGUGCCACUGUACGGAGACAGGGGGUGUUCACGUCGCCAUCAUAUGGAAAUGUCAAUUUCAACCAGGACCUGACGGAACCAAUGUACACCAGCAUUAGCAUCGUCUGGGACAAAGUCUUCAGUGGACUUCUCUGGGCAUACUUUGAUAAGUUUAAGGCAGCAGUGCUUAGUGUGCUGAAGCAGUUUGUCCUUGACCUUAGUCAGGAGCUCCACGUCCACGGAAUCCAGCCCAGCAGCACCCAGAGACUUCUCACCUACAUACUGGACAAUGCUGCUCACCAGUUGUCAGAAAUGGUGGCUGGACUGAAGGAAUUUGUUACAGAGAGACAGAGGGAUGCCAAUCGAGUUCUAACACCUAUAGUCCAGGAAAAUCUUGCUCCAACCUACAACGCUUGUGCUGCUGAAACAGGGCCAGGGAUGUACGAUCGAAUGAAGACAGGAUUAGCUGCUGGCAUUGACACGGGAAGAUUUUACAUGUUUGAUGAUGCCUCACGCGCACUAUUACAGGCAUUGGAGCAAAUCAAAGUGGAUGUGAUGACAGUUGUACAGCGAGUGUGCUACAGUCUAAGCAGUACUGUGCAGUUGGCGUUUGAGCCCCUGUGGGAAGCCCCUGGAACAUGUCUUCAGCUCAGAGAUCAGCUCCUGCCUUGCGUUAGAGAGCUGUCACAGGAAGUGAGUACCAUACUGGAGGAGGCCAAUGUGAGGGCACCUGUUACCGAGAUUCCGGCCACGUCUAGUGCCAGUGGUACAGACCAACCUUCCAGCAACACAACGCAGGGCCAAGGGCAACAGGUCACCCAGAGAAUUGGCUCAUCAGCAUUACCACAAAAUUUUGUUCUGGAGGAAGUGGGUUUACCUCAGGUCUCCGAUUUACUGUCCAGCAUUAAGUCAGAGCCAAGUGUGGGGCAGCCAUUUACUGUGCCAGCGGUCAAGCAAGAAAGGACAGCUCCAAGGAUAGCCAUUCAAAGAUUGAUGCCCAGCACCACACAUCCAUCAAGUUUAGAGCAGUUGACUUCCGCAGGCAUUUAUGGAUCAACUCAUAGAGGGCUUGUUUCCAUAUUGCCAUCAAAUCUAUCUCCUCAGGCCAUCUCUGACAAUAAUGGUGGUUCACCUCAUAGUGCUGCAUCCCCCACACGUCUACCAAUUGCCCCCAAGAAGUUCAUCAUAGUCGGUACUGGAACAGCAUGCACCAUUGCAUCUUCCACAUGUCAACCAAAUAGAAUAGCUCUCACAAUGUUAUCUUCCACACUUCCACCAAAUAAAACAGCUUUCACAGCAUCAUCUUUCAUACCUCCACCAAAUAGAACAGCUCACACAGAGUCAUCUUCUAUACUUCCACCAAAUAGAACAGCUCGCACAGAGUCAUCUUCCAUACUUCCACCAAAUAGAACAGCUUGCACAGAGUCAUCUUCCAUACUUCCACCAAAUGGAACAGCUCGCACAGGGUCAUCUUCCAUACUUCCACCAAAUGCUUGUCAAUUUUCAAGUGGAUCGUCUCACAGCCAGCAAACUGCUUCAGCAAAAAGCAUGAAGCACUCUGCAUUCAUGAAAAAGUUAAAGAGUUUAGCUGAUAAAGUGAGUUCGCCUGAACGUCAGUUGUCUGCCUCUCAGCCAGUUCCUCACUGCAGCAGCACAAAUCCUCAUUCCAGAGGGCAGACGCCCCAACAAAACAGCCUUGCCCCACAAGCCAGGAGGCAGGGUAACACACUGUACAACCUUACCCCACAGUUCAGGGGGCAGAAUAGCACACCCUACAGUAGCAGCCAGCUUACAGCAGGGAGAAAGGGUGUCCUUAAAACUGCAGACAAAAAGCCUAAAAAAUGAUUUACGGAUAUAGAGGAAAAAUCCAAAAGGGAAUACCGGUGUUCACUAAAACCAGCAGAUACUGGUUGGAACCAGUAUGAUGGGAUAGGAUGAAACUUCUUCAGAUGUAUAUUUGUAGUGUAGUUUGUGCUACAUGUAACAGCACAGAAAAGGAUAUUAGAGUACUGGUAAUAGCAAGUGAUUAAGGGGUGUUUUAUGGAGGACUCCUUGUGCUUUUUUUUAAAUUACUAAUCAUGAUUGAGAAGUGAAAGGAAUUAGAUUUACCACCGACUAAGAAAUGUAUAUUUAACUAAAGAAUCAGCUAACUAGCAUUAUCCCGAAUUUAAUGGCUGAAUGUUUUUAUGGUUUUUUAGUUUUUUGGCAUUUGAUAUUCUGAUUUUGGUAUAUUAGCUAGAACAUCCAAGAUCCGAUGUUGGGUAACAAAUAUUAUUAUACCCCCCGCAACAAGUUGUGGGGGGGGGUAUACUGGAAUCGGGUUGUCCGUCUGUCUGUCCGUCCGUCCGUCCAUCUGUAGACGCAAUGGUUUCCGGACUCUAAAGCAUUAUCCUUUCCACCUACCGUCACCAUAUCAUAUAUAUGGACUACCCAUGGGAUGAAGAUGUUCCCUAUUGAUUUUGGGGUCAAAAGGUCAAAGGUCAAGCGCACUGGACAUCGAAGUAGUAAUAUGGUUUCCGGGCUCUAAAGGGUUAUCCUUUCCACCUACAUUAACCAUAUCAUACAUAUGGACUACCCAUGGGAUGAAGAUGUUCCCUAUCGAUUUUGGGGUCAAAAGGUCAAAGGUCAAUCGCACUGGACAUCGAAGUAGCAAUAUGGUUUCCGGGCUCUAAAGCGUUAUCCUUUCCACCUACAGUCACCAUAUCAUACAUAUGGACUACCCAUGGGAUGAAGAUGUUCCCUAUUGAUUUUGGGGUCCAAAGGUCAAGCGCACUGGACAUCGAAGUAGCAAUAUGGUUUCCGGGGUCUAAAGCGUUAUCCUUUCCACCUACAGUCACCAUAUCAUACAUAUGGACUACCCAUGGGAUGAAGAUGUUCCCUAUCAAUUUUGGGGUCCAAAGGUCAUGCGCACUGGACAUCGAAGUAGC